UCUCCAGUCGGACUACGAAAUCAACUAAACGUAAACACCCCUCUGGAAGGAAGGUGUUUAGCGAUAGAUUCUCCUUUUAUUUUUAGGUUUUCCUGCUCAAGUUUUACUCAGGUUUUGUUCACCAUGGGUGCCCAGGGAUGCCUGUAAGGUGUGGAGUGCGAUACAUGGGGCUCGACGCUAGCUUCAGCACAGAAUUAAGGUGUUCAGAGGAGGCUGCAGCAGGGUGGGGAGGCAUUGAGCAGCGUGGAGAAUGAAGCUGCUCCGUGGGUUUUGGGAUGCCAAGAGGCUAGCAUCAACACUUGAGGAGGCGAUCGCCAAGGAAGCCAGCACCUGGAAGCCGCGGCUGCUGAAGGCCAAGGUUAACCAGGAUGCAGAGAUUGGUCCAAGCGAGAGAGACGAAGCCGUACGCUGGCUGGCGACACUCAGUACCAAGGUCCAGGCGUAUCCUGAGACGUUUGCCAUGAGCGUCAGCAUCUUGGACCGCUUCCUCAAUGCAGUGAAGGCCCGACCAAAGUACCUUCGCUGCAUCAGUGUUAGUUGUUUCUUCUUGGCAGCCAAAAUCAACGAAGAAGACGAGGCCAUCCCCAGUGCAGGGGAGCUGGUGCGUGUGAGUGAGUGUGGCUGUACAGCCAAUGAACUGCUUCGUAUGGAGAGGAUCAUCCUGGACAAACUGGGAUGGAACCUGAAGGACGUCACCGCACUGGAUUUCCUGCACAUUUACCACGCCCUGCUGACCACCUAUCAGCCCCAGCUGCUGGACACCUACACCUGCAUGACACCCUCCCGCCACCUGGCGCACCUGACACGCAAGCUGCAGCGCUGCAUGGCCUGCCACCAGGUGCUGGGCUUCCCCGGCUCCGUGGUCUCUCUCGCGCUGCUCAGCCUGGACCUGGAGAUGCUCAUCCCUGAUUGGCUGGCUGCCACCUUCAUGCUACAGAAGAUGGUGAAGGUUCAAAAUGAGUCGCUGAUCCGCUGUCGUGAGGUCAUCGCGCGCCACCUAGCGGCCCAGCGGGACAUGACACAGAACCUUGUCUACAUCAUCUCGGCACCUGCUAACAAGUCCGCCAAGCGCAAAGUGGCCCAGAUCGAGGACGACGACAUCUACGACGGAAUCAAGCGCCUUUACGACCAGGACUGGAAGGGCGACCCCGAGACCGUCGCGGUGACGGAAGAGGUUGCCAUGGUGACGGGCGGGGUAGCGUGCAGCUCGCAGCUGAGGCAGGAUAGGGACGGAAACCUCUCUCCUACUUUACCUCCUCUUCAACCAAUCACUGCUAUGAUAUAGCCUGCUUUUUUUACUGUCAUUUCUAACUUCACCAGAAGAACAAUAGAAUGUGGAACCAGAUGGUACAGUCAAACCUGACAUUUACAAUAAGACUAAAAGUGUAUAUAUAUAUACACACAUGUUUGACUGUACAAGGUUUACACACUUGCACCUUAUGUAUAAAGUAAUCAAACAGUAUCAAUGUAUCCUCUUAGAUGACAAAUAGGAAAAAUCUGAGAAGCUGUUUGGAAAGUGGUAAAGAAGAAGAGAUGUCAGCUGUUGAGGUGGCAUAGACAGUUAUCGGCAGCUAGAAGUCUUUUUGUGUUGUUGGUGAAGGGUAGAAGAAUAGGCUUGUCACUGGAAGAGGACUAGUCCAACGUUUCGUUCCAGACAAAAAGUCGCCAUUCUUUUUGCGUCGGUAUAAUCAAACUAAUUACUAAAACAUGCUAUAUGCUGAAAAAUUAUUUAUUCCCUCUUCUAAUAUCAUGAAAAAUGCAGACUUUAAAGUAAAAAGUAUAGACUGUCUAUUCUUUAUUAUGUAAAUGUAAAACAUUUCAGUCUCAAUUCAAACAUUUUUUCAAAGUUGUUUUAAACGUAAAAAGGCAAGAAAAGGCAGUAGAUUGUCUGUAAAAAUAAGUGUGGUGCUGUAUUUAGUGCAAUGCACAGUACUGUGACCUGUAACAUCUAUUUCAUUAGGUCACCCAUUCUUUGAAAUAAGUAAUUUCUUUCUUUCUAUUUUCUCCUGAAAUUCCUUAAGCAAAGUCGGAGCUGGAAAACCUUAAGAACAAAAGGAAGCACAAGUGAAAAGUUAUUAAGACAUUGUGUGGCAAUGUGUGUAAGUUAAAACCAUUGUUUGUCACAUGAGAUGGACCAAAAUUCCACAUUUUAGUCAUGUUUUCACUCAUGCCAUUAUGUUCAGUAAACUCUAAGUCUAGAAUUUAUGACAAAGAACCUUAAUUAUAACGUAAAAGGACUUUGUUUUGACUUACUUUAAGAAAAAAACAAGAUAUCAUGGCUGGGUUGAACUUGAGUUUAUGUGUAAGAAAUAACAGAAAACGACAAAAAAGAAAAACAUAUCAAAAACAUUGGCACCCUAUAUUGUGCGUGCCUCCUAUGUUAUACCCAAGCUGUUUUAAACUUGGGGCUGUAUAUUGUUUAAGUUGUGUGUAGGCGUGAAUGUGAAACUACUGUAUAAAUUCUGUAAGAUAGUCACAAUGUUGUGUAUAUUGGCACCCUGUAUUUGUACACUACAGAUGUCUGCCUUUUCCCCUGAUAAGUGAUCAGUAUUAACUACCAGGAUUUCAACUCAAAUCUGUAUUUAUUGUUCAAUAUCAUUUUAGAGCCAUAAAGUUUUGACGUUGUUUUACUAGUGGUAACACUCUCUGGCCUUUGACAGGAAUAGACAGACUGCAAAGUUGUCCAAACUUUGCUAACAAGAGCAUUUUAGGAGGCCAUUGUAUGAAAACUUUUACCUCAUUUGCUAUCUUUUAAUCUUUUCACCCUGUAUGGCACCCUUGUUCUUGUAUCCAUCCAUGUUAUGUUUUGUGUGAAGUACUCCAUGUGUGUGAGUGAACAGUAAGUAUGGUAUAAUAAAGGAGCUUUGAUAGAA